UCCUCCCAAUUCUCUUUUAGGAAAACCUUAUAUUAAUUACCAUUUGUUGAAGUGGGAAUUAAGCAAAAACCAUGCUGGAAACAAUUGAUACUCAGCGAGCCCUCCAGGCAGUAGAACGCCUGCAAGCAAAAUUACGGGAACGAGGUGAUACAGCAAAUGAGGAGAAAUUGAGUUUACUAAAAUCAGUACUGCAGAGUCCUUUAUUCAAUCAAAUCCUAAACCUUCAGGUUUCUCUUCCACAGUCGCGAGAUCAGGUAAAUCUCGUACCUUCCAUCUCCUCAUCUGGUGAACAUCUGCAACUUUCUCAUCAUGGUAGUAUUGUGGGUUCCUCACUGCACAAUGACUCCUACUUGUUGGCUCAAGAGAAUGGCAACCCUUCCAAUGGACUAGGAAUUGUUCUCCAGUCCAUCAGUCCUCAGAUUAAUGGGAAGUCUGCAAGUGAUGAAUUUGAAUUACUGAUCAGAAAUAUGGCACAGGGUCGACUUGUUGAGACAAUAGAACUUGUAAAGCCUCUAAGUGGUGGUCUUGGGUUUAGUGUUGUUGGUCUGAAGAGUGAAUAUAGAGGUGAACUGGGUAUAUUUGUGCAGGAGAUUCAAGAUGGAAGCGUGGCACAGAGGGAUGGCAGACUGCAAGAAGCAGAUCAAAUUCUUGCUAUUAAUGGGCAAGCCCUUGAUCAGACAAUUACACAUCAACAGGCUAUUGGCAUCCUGCAGAAAGCAAAAGAUAGUGUCCAGCUAGUUGUGGCUAGGGGCUCUUUGCCUCAGCUCAUCAGCCCUGUGAUUUCUCGAUCUCCAUCAGCUGCUAGUACAGUUUCAGCCCAUUCCAAUCCGGUUCAUUGGCAGCAUGUGGAGACCAUUGAGUUGGUGAAUGAUGGAUCAGGUCUGGGAUUUGGGAUCGUAGGAGGAAAAUCAACUGGAGUGAUAGUUAAAACCAUCCUUCCAGGAGGAAUAGCUGAUCAGCAUGGUAGGCUAUGCAGUGGAGACCAUAUCUUGAAAAUUGGUGAUACGGACCUGACUGGAAUAAGCAGUGAGCAGGUGGCACAAGUCCUGAGGCAGUGUGGAAACCGAGUCAAGUUGGUGAUAGCCAGAGGUCUAGUUGAGGAGCCCACUUCAUCAACGGCAGCUCCUUUGGGUACCUCCAUGCAAACGUGUAUGAUGGAGAACAAGAAACUGGAAGAUACACAAAUCGAAAAUGUUGAAGAUGGGAACACAUUUGAUGUGGAGCUUACAAAAAACAUUCAAGGGCUAGGAAUAACAAUUGCUGGCUACAUUGGGGAUAAAAUAUCAGAACCUUCUGGUAUUUUUGUAAAGAGUAUCACAAAAGACAGUGCAGUUGAGCAUGAUGGUAGAAUCCAUAUUGGAGAUCAAAUUAUUGCUGUGGAUGGAACAAAUCUUCAAGGUUUUACCAACCAGCAAGCCGUGGAGGUUUUGCGGCAUACUGGCCAAACAGUCCGCCUGACUUUGGUCCGAAAAGGAGGCCUGAAACAGGAAAAUCAUGCUCAGUCCCAUGAGGAUUUCAGUGGUGCUGUUGAAAAGGAUUUAAUUUUCCAAAUGAUGGAUAUUGGCACAAAUACAGAAAGCUGCAAAAGAGAGCAGGAUUCUCCACUGAUGUCAUGCAGCACCAGUGUGGCUCAUAUUGCAGAAGAUACUAAUACAGAACGAACAGACAUUCAGCUAACAUCCCUAGAACAAGAAAUAUCAUUGCAGAACAAAUGGCAAAGGAUUUUGGGGAGAAACUAUGAAAUUGUGGUAGCGGAUGUGAACAAGUUUAGUGAAAGCAGUGGACUGGGAAUAAGCUUAGAAGCUACAGUGGGACAUCAUUUUAUUCGGUCUGUUUUGCCUGAAGGGCCAGUUGGACGAUGUGGCAAACUGUACAGUGGAGAUGAAUUACUAGAAGUAAAUGGAAAAUCUUUGCUUGGAGAGAAUCACAAGGAUGUUGUAAAUAUUCUAAAAGAGCUUCCUAUCAGUGUAACAAUGGUGUGUUGCCGUACAGCUCCACCUAUUAGUGAGUCAGUAUUGGAUGAGACUCAUAUGUUGGAGCAGUCUCAUAUAGACCUUGGACUCCGUGGUGCUUCAGAGACAGAGGAUGCUAAGCUGGAAAUAGCUAACAUAAGUCAGAAUACUGAAGAGGUACAAGGAUCUCCUCUGGCAAUGUGGGAGACAGAAAUACAGCAAAUUGAGCUAGAGAAAGGGAGCAGGGGUCUUGGCUUUAGCAUACUGGAUUAUCAGGACCCAGUGGAGCCUGCAAAUACCGUGAUUGUGAUCCGCUCUCUAGUUCCAGGGGGCAUUGCUGAGCAAGACGGCAGGCUGCUCCCGGGAGACAGGCUGAUGUUUGUCAAUGAGAUCAGCUUGGAAAAUGGCAGCCUAGAGGAAGCGGUGCAAGCCCUGAAAGGAGCACCUCUGGGAAUGGUGAGAAUAGGAGUCGCCAAACCAUUGCCUCUUUCACCAGAAGAGGGCUAUGUUUCCGCUAAGGAAGAUUCCUUUUUCUACACUGCCCAGUCCUUUGAGGAGGAAGGGCUAACUGAUUCAGCCCUCUUCCAUGCUGAGCUGGCUCUGGUGGAGUCAAGUGAGGCAGAUCUAGUAGAGGAAUCUACUGCUGAAUCAGACUGUUCUCCAGAUAAUAAUGGUACAUUCCAGUCUUCAGUUUCAGCCCUGCAUAGCAGCACUUGUGAUGAUUUGAAGCUUACUCUCUCACUUCCUGCUUCAACUCCCAAGACUGCUUGCAAAGAAGGUUCCAGUGACCCACUCAGUUACCAAUCAUCAGAUAAAAACCUGUACAUGAUGGAUCUAAUACAAAGAGGGACAGAGAGUAAAUCUGCAGGUGGAUAUGUGAAACAGACCACAGAGCCUUUUCUUGUGAAUCCAACAGCACAGUCCCCUAAGAAACAAGUUGAACAUGAAAGCAUAAGCAUUUGGAGAGAGUCUCAGCUAACACCUGAAUUUUCACACAGUACAAAGGAUCAAGUAUUCUUGAUGGAAAGUAAUAGCUUAAUGCAUGCUGGCCUAGAUACAAAUAGAAACAAGUUUGAGAAGACUAUUACUAUUGCAAAAGGCAAUUCAAGCUUAGGGAUGACAGUAAGUUCCAAUAAAGAUGGCAUGGGAAUGAUAGUCCGCAGUAUUAUCCAUGGUGGUUCCAUAAAUCGUGAUGGACGAAUUGGUGUUGGAGACUGUAUAUUGUCUAUUAACGAGGAACCUACUGCUAAUUUAACUAGUGCCCAGGCACGAGCCAUGCUGAGGAGGCAUUCUCUCAUUGGACCAGAUAUAAAAUCUUCUCCAACACCUGCUGAUGAUCAGGCCCCCUUUUAUGUCAUUAGCUAUGUGCCAGCAGAGCAAUUAGAAGAGUACCAAGCCAGUUUAGGGCAGCAGCCAGAAGGAACAAUGCCAUUAGAUGUUUUCCCUUCACACACUGUGAGAGAAAUUCCAGAACUACCAGAACGUGAAGAAGGAGAAGGAGAAGAAAGUGAGCUUCAGAACACAGGCUACAGUAACUGGAACCAACCAAGACGUGUUGAGCUCUGGAGAGAACCUAGCAAAUCUCUGGGAAUCAGCAUUGUUGGUGGACGGGGUAUGGGAAGUCGCCUGAACAAUGGUGAAGUUAUGAGAGGAAUCUUUAUCAAACACAUCCUUGAAGACAAUCCUGCUGGCAAAAAUGGAACCUUAAAAACAGGAGAUAGAAUAUUGGAGGUGGAUGGAAUAAAUCUCAGAGAUGCAAGCCAUGAGCAAGCUGUGGAAGCCAUUCGAAGAGCAGGCAACCCAGUAGUCUUCAUGGUUCAAAGCAUUAUAAGCAAACCCAGGCCAAUAUCCCUCUAUAGCUCUUUAUCGUCCUCUGCUCCCGGUGGGCAGAAACUUAAUAAUCCAUUUUACCAUCAGUCAUCACAGAACUUACCUAUGCCUUAUCUGCAGUCCAACCCUUUCAGUAAGCCUCCUGCCUUCAGCAGCACUAACCCUUUUGUUGACCCUCUACAGUUCAACACUAACCAGGCAUCCAGUCCAUCAGAUUCAGAGCCAGAAAAAAAAUCAUCUUGUAACCUGCCUUUGCCUCCAUCUUCAGUAUUUCCAGCAAUGAGUAAUGAAGUUGUGCAUCAGUCCUCUAACAAUUACUUGGAAGAUUUGGAUAAGGAGGAUGAGUUUGGAUACAGCUGGAGGAAAAUCAGUCACCAGUAUGGGAGUCUGUUGGGAGAUCUGCACAUAAUAGAAUUGGAGAAAGGGAAGGCUGGAUUAGGACUCAGCCUAGCUGGGAACAAAGACAGAUCCAAGAUGAGUGUCUUUGUAGUGGGAAUUGAUCCAAAUGGAGCAGCUGGAAAAGAUGGCAGACUGCAGAUUGCAGAUGAGUUACUGGAAAUAAAUGGACAAGUUCUGUAUGGAAAAACUCAUCAGAAUGCAUCUUCAAUAAUCAAAUGUGCACCUUCUAAAGUAAAAAUAAUCUUUAUCAGAAACAAAGAUGCUGUCCAUCAGAUGGCUGUUUGUCCUGGCAAAUCACUGGCAUCUCCAUCUUUGUCUUCUGAGACAGUUCAGCAUGAAGAGGGGGAAGUAAACAUUUCUAAUUUACCAAUAGAUCUGACUUUAUAUAAGAAUGUUCAAAAUGUGGAACUACCUAAGGAUCAAGGUGGCAUAGGUAUUGCCAUUGGUGAAGAAGAUACACUUAAUGGUGUUGUUAUUCAGAGCUUAACAGAUCAUGGUGCAGCAGGAAAGGAUGGCCGAAUUAAAGUUGGAGAUCAAAUUCUAGCAGUGGAUGAUGAAGUUGUUGUGGGCUAUCCUAUAGAAAAGUUUUUCAGUUUGCUGAAAACAUCAAAGUCCAUUGUGAAACUCACCAUUAGUUCAGUUGAACAGGAAUGCCUGGCAGUUACCCAGCCACUCACAUCAACUUACAGCACCACUUUGGAUGAGGCAACCAAUAUCCAACCAUUAGCAAUUGUUCAAUCAUCUGAGUCACCAGAACCAGAGUCAAUUAAAAAUGCAAGCAGGUCUUCAACUCCAGCUAUAUUAGCUUCUGAUCCAGCCACUUGUCCAAUCAUCCCAGGUUAUGAAACAACAAUCAGUAUCUCCAAGGGACGUACUGGUCUUGGGCUGAGCAUUGUGGGAGGAGCUGACACAUUGCUGGGAGCAAUUAUCAUUCAUGAAGUAUACGAAGAAGGAGCAGCAUCCAAAGAUGGAAGGCUCUGGGCUGGUGAUCAGAUCUUAGAGGUGAAUGGUAUUGACCUAAGGAAUGCAACACAUGAUGAAGCUAUAAAUGUUCUCAGACAGACGCCACAGAAAGUCCGCCUGACUGUAUACAGGGAUGAAGCCCAGUAUAAAGAAGAAGACAUGUAUGAUGUACUCAGUAUAGAGUUGCAAAAGAAGCCAGGCAAAGGACUUGGAUUAAGCAUUGUUGGGAAAAGAAACGACACUGGUGUGUUUGUGUCAGACAUUGUCAAAGGAGGUAUAGCAGAUCUGGAUGGAAGGUUAAUGCAAGGAGACCAAAUAUUAAUGGUGAAUGAUGAAGAUGUUCGAAAUGCUAACCAGGAGACAGUGGCAGCUUUACUAAAGUGCUCAUUAGGUGUUGUAAAACUAGAAGUUGGAAGAAUAAAGGCCAGCCCAUUUCAUUCAGAGAGGAGAAUGUCUCAGAGCAGCCAGGUCAGUGAAGGAAGUGGCAGCCUGUCAUCAUUCAGUUUCCCAGGUUGUGGAUCCAACCCGCCUGAAAGUUAUGAAAGCACUCUGAAGAAGAAUUGUUUGGCGUCUGAAAUACAAGGAUUAAGAACAGUUGAAAUAAAAAAGGGCCCUUCAGAUUCCUUGGGAGUUAGUAUUGCAGGAGGAGUAGGAAGCCCCCUUGGUGAUGUUCCCAUUUUUAUAGCCAUGAUGCAUCCAAAUGGAGUUGCAGCACAAACUCAGAAACUGAGGGUUGGAGAUAGGAUUGUGAGCAUUUGUGGAACAUCCACUGAGGGCAUGACUCAUUCACAGGCUGUCAGUUUGCUAAAGAAUGCUUUGGGCACCAUUGAAUUACAGGUUGUAGCUGGUGGAGAUGUCAGUGUCAUAACUAGCCAACAGCAGGAUCCACCAACACCUAGUUUUUCACUUGGAGGUCUAACAUCAAGCAGCAUCUUUCAAGAUGAUUUGGGGCCCCCGCAGUACAAAACCAUCACGCUGGACCGAGGACCUGAUGGCUUGGGCUUUAGUAUUGUAGGUGGAUAUGGAAGUCCUCAUGGAGAUCUACCCAUUUAUGUUAAGACAGUAUUUGCAAAAGGGGCAGCAGCAGAAGAUGGGCGCCUUAAAAGAGGGGAUCAGAUCAUUGCAGUCAACGGGCAGAGCUUGGAAGGGGUCACCCACGAAGAAGCCGUAGCUCUUCUAAAAAGAACAAAAGGAACUGUUACCUUGACUGUCCUCUCUUAAGCCAUGUCCCCAAAAGGACAGGGGAGUUAGUUUGUUUGCUUCCAGGGUGAAAAAUAAUGAAUGUUCUUAUUUUUAUACAUGGUAGAUAUACUGUGGAAUUACAGAGGUUGGCUUCUGUAGGGUAAGGGAUUGACAAGAAAACUUGAAAGUGGCAGUAAUAAAAUCAGAGUAGGGAAACAUGGAACGGAAAGGGAAAAAUACAUGUUUUGUUAACCUAGAGGCGCAUGGUGUGUGAUUGUUGAAGGAUUUAUCAUGCGGGAUUCCAAGGCUCUGUAAUCUCUGGAAGAGCAAAAAUUUGGCUAUCAGUUGGCCAGUGUUAACUUAAAGCUUUCAAACAUAUAAAUUCAUUUGUCUGAUUAAAUUUUAUUAAUAUCCCUGUGCCCAACAUGAGAUCUGAGACAAACUAUUUUCUGGAAUAAUAGUACUUAAGAAAAACACUUUUUCAAAGAAAUAAGGAAGCUUCCUGAUCCAACAUAAAACUAUUAAACUGAAUUGGUCUUCUUGUUUUUUUCUUAAAUAGUAGGGAAAUUUCAUCAGGAAACAAGAAAUGUGUGUUAGUAAUGCCUAACUCUUGCCAGAAUUCAAUAUACCACCUCUUCUUUCUUUGUGGGAUCAUCAGCAAUGAUGAGCAAACCUUUCACAGUCAAGAGCAUAGAAUGACCUUUCAUCACUGCAACGUAUCUCAUUUUAAUGAAUGACCUAAGAAUUACUGAUGAAAAUAUUGAUCCCAAAUUCUGGCUUCUAAAAAUACAUUUAACAUUUACUAUUUUCCUGCAGUUAAGCUCUCUAGAGAUGGGUAAUCCUCCACCCUCAGCCAUGGGGAACUUGUUUCCUGUCUUGUCCCAAAGCCUAUGAGUUUGGCUCUAAAGAUGUAGGCCAGGGUUCUGGGGGCUGCAGGCAGACUCCAGUGACUUUCUUGUGAUCGUCUUGAACCCAUAAGAUCACAAUGCUGAAUUUUAGUAGUAAAUUCCAGUAGCAUGAUUUUUGUGGUUUUUUUUAAAAAUAAGCAAUAAAAGAGGUGUUGAUGUCCUCUGAUUGGCUUAACAUUUGCUUUACCAUACACACAUGCGCGCACGUUGGUCUCCUUAAGAUGCCAAAGCAAGAAGUCCCAAUGUUCUGUCACUCUUUUCAGUGACACCACUGCUCAAAGUUUGCAAGAUUUGGAAGCCUAGCAAACCAGCAGCCCCCCUCCCCACAAGUUAAAGCAAGAGAAUGCCACCCCCCCAUGUUUACCUUGCUCACUUCUCUUUUUUCCUAAUGACAUCCACUGAUUUCAUGUUAACGGUAUUUAAGGUAAUGCGGUUAAAGCAGAGUAUUAGAUCAUCGUUGGGUUUCUCCCAGCCUUCUAAUCUUACAAGUAAUCCUUGUUUAGUGACUGCCUUGUUUAGUGACUGCAGUUAGGACGAUGAUGAAAAAGUAACUUUAGGACCAAUCCUCACAUUUAUGACCUUUGCAGGUCUGUAAAGCAAAGGAAAGCUGAAGUAAGAUUGUAAGCACAGUCAGUUUCACUUAGUGAAUGCCUCAUUUAAUGACCAAGUUGCUGGUCCCCGUUGUGGUU